AUGGUCCCGGUCCCCUACUUGCUGAGGCAUCGACUGCGUUAUGAGAGGGCUGGAGAGAAUUUCGCAACCGACAUAUUGGUCGCAUACCGCAUUGCGGCACAAUUUCGACUGAUAGCAGCGCCGCAUCCGUCACAUCUACGAUCCCACGCCUGCGAAUGCUGGGCAUUUCUUGGAACAUCGGUUAUAUACGCACGCCGCGCGAUCUCUGGAUCGCCAACGGAAAACACGGCCCGAUACUACAGCGCCAUCGUUCGCCUCGAGCUUGUCCGUACGGAUCAGAGCAGCACAUGUCUUCAGCCAAAAGAGUCAGUAGCAAUGCUGUUGGGAAAAGCUGGGACAGAAGCAAGUUGCGCUACCCGAGUCGACUGA